GGCAGUAAGAUGAAGGUGAUAAUUAUUUUAUCAAUAGCAACGUCUGUGACACUGGGAAGUUUGGAGCCGGAUGGUUAUAAACCACCACAUUCUGCUGGCCAAUCAGAUCAUUAUUUACCAGCAUCAUUAUCCUCGUCAAGUCACCGUAGUAUUUUACCAAACCAAGGACUAACACCAGAAUCCCAUUAUCUCCCGACGAGUUACCAAAGUCCAUCUCAAAAUGUAUUACCAAAUUCUCUGUACUUACCCAGUAGUAACAUCAGAUCUACAGCUAUAUCAUCAUUAUCAUCUGCUAUUCCCAAUAGCCGUGUUGGUAAUAGUAUUGGUGUUAGUGGUAGUAGUCGUGGUGGUCCUGUUGUAGUAGCAAUGCCUUCAAUGCAAUACUUACCCAGUCACCCGUCAAUUUCUCCGCAAAAUCCUUCCAGCAGUAGUCGUCAAUACAAUGCACUCGUUCACCAUCCACAAAAUCCAGCAACGACGACUACUACUACUACUACCACCAUAACAACAAACCUGGAUCAUCGUAUUUCAAACCCACAAGGUGUAACCAAUACUGCUCACAGACCAACUUUAACAUCUCUACACAUGUCUAAUCGAAAUGCUGCUGCUAUUUCAUCUUCCCAAUAUCUACCACCACCACCCCUACCACUAUCACUACCACUACCAUUACCAACAUCAUCGUCAUCAUCAUCAUCAUCAUCACAGACAUCCUCAUCUACGGUAUCUCUGCUACCUACUAGUAAACAUUCUGACACAUUUAUCCAGUCUAUUCCAAGCCCAAGCUCAAACUAUCUACCAUCGGUAGCUGGGUUUAAGCAAAAUCAAUAUCACGGAAGAAUCGAUCAACCAUCAUCCACUUCUACUGUUACAACCAGUACAUCCUCCUCUUCUUCUGCAUCAGCUACAUCAUCUGGCAUCUCCAAAACCUAUUUAACGCCCAACAAGUUAUCUAGCUCAUUGUCCGGGUUUUCAUCCUUGUCACAGAAUAAUCAGUACACUGGGGGUGCCGUUGGAGCUGAGGGUGCUGGUGAAGCUAGUGGGGCUGGUGUCAUUGGUGUCGUUGGUCUCGUUGGUGCUUCCAGUGCUGAUGGACAACCUCGACAGUCUAACGUUCUCGCCAGUGGAAACAUAAAUCAACCACCUGGAAAUUACUAUCCUUCCAGUCCAAUCGGGUAUCCUGAUGAAAGCUUUGCGGGCUAUGACAUUCACCAACCAUUAGCCAAAUACGAAUUCGAGUAUCGCGUUAAUGACGAAUAUGGAAAUGACUACAGUCACAAAGAAAGUAGAAAUGGCGAUGAUUCUACUCAGGGAGUUUACACAGUUUUGUUACCUGAUGGACGCAAACAAAUUGUUCACUACACUGCCGACCAGGAUGGUUACAAGCCCAAAAUUACUUACGAAGAAUCCGCAGCUGGUUAUGGUCAAGGAGGAUAUCAGUAUUAGCAUUCAAAUUAAAAUUUAUUAAGCCAUAUAUAAAUAAUCUAGUUAUUUUUUG